AUGUCCUUAAUUAAGGACCACAUCUAAUGGGUCUUCUAGUGACUGAUAAUGUCUAGUUUGGAACUCCAGGAGAGGGGAAGUGAGGGGUAAGGAAAUUCUCUUCCUCUUAGAUGCACCUCUUUAUUCUGCUUCCCACUUCCUUGUAGCAUGAAGUUCUAAUUUCUAAUCUCCCCAAAACUGAAGAUGUUUCUCUUGAAAUCCCAAUUUGAUUAAGCAAUACUUCGAACUUGGCUUUAUAUUUCUCACUUAAGUAGAAACUUUUCUUUCAUCUCUUGGGUAUCUCCCCUCUAGCAGAUCAUCCCCUUGCCUUUUUGUUACUCAGUACAACUGCUCAGUGUCAUCCUUGCCUGUCUGUCAUGUACUUCUGCACUCCUUUCCAUAAUAUUGGGAUUGGAAUUAUGUGCCUUUCUCCGAAAACAAGAUCCAAUCAUAGAACAUUACAGCACAGUGCAGGUCCUUUGGCCCACAAUAUUUUUAACCUACUGGAUGAUCAACUUACUAUUCCCUCCUACAAAUCAUGCUCAGAUAUUAGUGUGAUAUAACUUUGCUUUCAAUUUCUGAAAUGCCCCAGUUGUUUACCAGCUCUCUUUUUUUCGACAUUCACUUGUUGACUGUCUAGGCAUUAGCAUCAGCAAGCCAGACAUUCACUAUUUGUUCCUAGUUAUCCCCAGAGAUACUUUCUGUGCCAUUUUGGGGAGUUGAUCACAUCGAUAGGUUGAGAAGUUAGCUUCUUUCUAUCAAGUGCAUUCCUGGCAAAGAUGGGCAGUAACAACAGUCUGCUAGAUUCAUGGUUACCAAGACCAACGUUUCUCAAAAAUUCUGCAUCUUAGCACUUCACAUCAAUUCCCUCUUUGUUAUGAAGGGAUUCAAGCCCACAGCUCUAUGCCAGUACUCUUGUAAUCUCUGAGGAGGUCGAAGUCCAGUGUUGUGGGCCAGAGUUUGUUGGCGGGAGCCUGAGGCCUGUCCUGGGGUUAAAGCACUGUGUAUGUUGCAUACUCCCAUUGCUGUGCCUGGGUGGGAGGGAGGAAUGGGGCUUGUUUUUGUUGUUGUUUGUUGCUGGUUGUGUUCUGUUUUGUUCUGCCUAGCAUUGUGGGCUUGCUAAUGUGGCGCCGGACUGCAUGCAGCCACCUACGGGCUGCCCCCAGCACCUCCUUGGGUCAUGCAAAAGGCACAUUUCAUUGUCUGUUUUGAUCAUGCCAUCGCUUUUUGUUUGAAGGAGUCUGAGAAAAAGCCUCCUAUGAUUCGUUACAGGAAGGACAAAGUUUUGAGCAAACAGACUCCCUGCUUUCCCUCAGUAACACAGCUGAAGGACCUUGCCAAUGGAUGUGCAGUGGCAGCCCUCAUACACCACUACUGUCCUGACGUGCUGCGUUUGCAAGACAUUUGCCUGAAGGAAACCAUGUCCGUAGCCGACAGCCUUUACAAUCUCCAGCUGAUUGUCGACUUCACACAGGAGUACCUGGGCAGUUGCUUUCACUUGGCUUUGGAGGAUAUGCUCUACACCCCACCACUGCUGAAGAUUAACAUUUUGACAUUUGUGGCUGAACUGUUCUGGUGGUUUGAAAUUCUGAAACCUGAAUUUGUCCACCCAAGAGAGAUUUCAGAUCUGGAAGAUCUGCCAGCAAGUGGACCCAACACACCGACUGGAGCUGACAGCGGCAGCCAUUUUCCUGCCUUCCUGCUUAAGCAACCGUUCCUGCCUGUGGUCCAACAGACUUCUCCGGGUCGGAACACCUCAGGUCCUCUGCAUCACUCUACCUCAAUGUCUCAAGUCGAUUCUUUUGGAAAGGCAUGGACAAAGAAACAGCUGAGGAGACCGCUGUCGCAGGCUAUCUCCUUCAGCAUACCCUUCGGCCUGGACAGUGACGUUGACGUGGUCAUGGGUAAUCCAGUUGGCUUGAUGAGGUCCAUCAGCUCUGACAGCUUGACUACCAAUGCCUACCGCUCGUCCAGCAGUUUAGUGGGAGCACCGUACGGUUGUGCUGAAGACCCAGGGAAGGAGGAGGCAGCCCCAGGUGAUGAGAACGGACUUGUUUUGUCACCAACGGCACCUCGCAAACGGUCACAGUUGUCCAAAGAUCAUCCUGGGCACCAGAAGGCUGUUGAAAAUGGGUUGCUCGAUGAUCAUAACUACAUGGAGUUGCCAACCAUUGAAGAGGCAUUGAAGAUAAUUCAUAACUCAGAUAAACUUGAGCCCAGGCUCCGCCCCGAAGGAGCACCAGAUGGCUUUUUCCUUCACGGACCCAACGUGACAGAAGGGUUUCUCAAACCCAAGGGGAACCCGUCCAAGGUUGACGUGGAUCCUCUGUACAAAUCCAGCAACCCGGCCAAGGAUUCUGAGAUCCCUGCCCCAGGUGGGUAUCAGACAAUCAGCGGCAAUGGCCCCUCAGAAGACGGAAACUUUUCACGGGACGAUGACUCGGUGCUGAGAGACAACAGUUUGGACUCGGAUGUGGAGGACUCUUCCAGGCCGGCUCUGGAGAAGGACCUGACCAGCAAAGAUGAGUGCACGUCGUGCCUGAGCUCUCUGAGCUCGCAGGCAGAGAGCGUAGCCUCCUCGGGUUCUGGGGUGAAGAUGACCAGCUUUGCCGAGAGGAAGAUGAAGAAGGUGACACCCGACAGCACGGAACUGAACGACCAGGCCAUGGCGUCCUGGGCGCAGAGGGCGGACGAGAGCCCCGGCAGGAACCAGGCGCUGGUGUCCGAGAUGUCCCAGCUGGGUAUCCGGCUGGAGGAGAAAAGGCGGGCCAUCGAGGCGCAGAAGAAAAGGAUCGAGGCCAUCUUUGCCAAGCACAGGCAGAGAUUGGGCAAGAGCGCCUUCCUGCAGCUGAAGAAGAAGGAGGAGGGGGAGGAGGGCGGUGGGGAGGCGGAGGAGAGUGGGGCCUCAAUGGAGACAGGCAGGAGGAAGAUGUCCCUGGAGGAGAGGCUGUCCAAGAUUGAGGAUGAUGAGGAAAGUGAGAGCCCGGUACCAACGGAGUUGGCAGGGAAAGGGGGCAGAGCAGGACAGAAGGGUGCGGAGACCCUGGGCAAGAACCACAGUGAGAAACACGUGAAGCUAAAUGUCCCAGAGUCUCCGAAGGAGCCUGAGGCAGACGUGGACAUUGGGGAGUACAACAAUGCCGUGGCGAAGCUGAACUCAGCUCUGUCGUCGCUGCAGAUCGACAUGCAGAAGCUUCAGCAGCAGCAGGAGACAUUGAUGGAGAGGAAGAGUGCCCAGUCGUGGGUCAUCCCUGCCCCCAAGUCCUCCACGCAGAGGCCGACACGCGAAUUCCAGCCGCCCAAGUCCUCAGAGUUCUCAUCGCCCUCACCCUCACCCUCUCGUAAGCCUGCCUCUUCUGGGACCCGAUCGCCCCAGGUGGCACCGAAGAAGGCGAAUCCGACCCCUCCCAAGAGCCCACGGCACACCCGUCCCGUAGAGCUGAAGAUCACACCCCUGACCCGUGUCCUCACCCCGCCACAGAGCGUCGACUCCUUGCCCCACCUCCGAAAAUUUUCCCCCAGCCAAGUGACAGUGCAGACCAAGUCUUCCAUUUGUUUUGGUGAUGAGCAGGACAGGGAAGCAGAUGUGGAUGCUAGGCCGAAGCUGAGGCCAGUUGGUCCAGUGGCGAGGGUCGGCAGCCAGACAAGUGAACCCUUGGUGGCGGAUCCAGUCAGUCCCGCCUUUGACCUUGAGAAUGAAGGCAACCUUAGGCCAGUAGGACCAAUUGUACCUCUAAAGACAAGUGAGCAACCAGAUGGUCAGUCCGAUGUUGGAAAGAAGGAAAAUGCCUCCUCUACUAAAAGGACUAGUUUGAUCGAGAUACCACUGUCCUCCCUGAAGGGUCCUGAAGAUGGUGAAGAUGACCCAGAGAGCAGUAAAGACUCUACAAAUGACCAAAUGGACAUGGAGCAGAGGUCUGUUGGCUUCUUCUUCAAGGAUGAGGCCAAAGCGGAAGAGGAGAUGGCUCUAAAGCGAGCAGCCUUAAUGGAGAAGCAACAGAAACGAACGGAAGAGUUUCGGAAGCGUCGACUCUGGUUGGAUGCGGAGAAAGAACAGAGCAGGCAACCAGUGGAGGAGGAGAGACUAGAGAGGAGCUUCACCAAGCAGGAGUACCUCCGGAGGCACCAGCUCAAAGUCAUGGAAGACCUGGACAAGGUUCUGAGGGCAAAGUCCCCAGCGAGCAGGGGGAGGAAGCCGCGUCCCAAAUCCUCGGUCUUCCGAGAUGAUUCUGUGCUGACUCGGAGCCCUGUCAAGGGGCUGCUAGGCUCCAGAUUGAAUAAAGUGUACUCACGAUCCACGCUGUCUCUCUCCACCAUGGCCAACGACUCCACCAACAGCCUGACUGUCAAGAGAAGCCCAAGGGCAGACUCCCCCUCAGCACUCCUGUCUCCCAACCGGCUGGGCAGCCACAAUGGAGAGAAGGAUUGGGAGAAUGCAUCGACGGCCUCGUCACCAGCUUCGAUUCCGGAGUAUACAGGUCCGAAACUCUACAAGGAACCCAGUGCCAAGUCCAAUAAGUAUAUAAUACAGAAUGCAAUUACUCGCUGCUGCCUGGCAGGGAAGGUGAAUGAGCCCCAAAAGAAUAAGAUAUUGGAGGAAAUUGAGAAAAGCAAAUCUAAUCACUAUCUGAUCCUGUUCCGUGACAACAGUUGUCAGUUCCGGGCUGUGUACACGUUUCCCCCAGAGUCUGAGGAGAUGCAUCGAGUGGCCGGAGUUGGACCCAAGAUCAUCACUAAAAACAUGAUCGAAGGGAUCUACAAAUACAAUUCUGACCGGAAGCAAUUCACCCAGAUCCCCAGCAAGACCCUGUCUGCCAGCGUUGAUGCAGUCACUAUCCAAGGGCACUUGUGGCAGUCCAAGAGGCUGGGUACCCCCAAAAAGCCAUCCAAAUGAUGGACUCGUCCCCUUCUCAUCCCCUCUCCUGUACAGACGGACAAGUCAAAACUUUUAGGUCUUAAUUUGCCAACCACCCAUUUGCUUUCUCUUCCUAACCCCUCCCCACCCUUUUCUACUGUCUCUCAUGGAUCGUUAAGCUAUUCCUCGCCAUUUCUGCAUGCCGUUUCCAUUCAACUGACAGCAUUCAAGCGAAGCAAUGUUUUGAUCACGUGGAUUGAAGGGGGUUACAAGUAUGACAUCGUGGCACCUGUAGAGAUUGUCCAAAGGAUUCACAAAAACAAUGGAGGUGGGAGCACUAGAGGAUAUUAUCCAAAACCUAUAAGCACUAACAGAUUUGUUAAGAAAUUUAAAAAGGUCAAAAUAUCUUUUUAAAACAAUCUAGAUGUAUAAUUUUUUUUCGAAACUUGAUUCCUGAUGAUUACUACUGACGACUGAAAUAAUGUCUGUGUAUAUAUUAGAGCUAUUUAAAUGAUUUAGCUGUUUGUAUAGAUGAAAUAUUUAAGGUUCUGCUUAUUGGAGAGAAUGGUUUGGGUGUUUUGCAAGUUACUGUACAUAACUUGUUGCAGUAUUUGUUGUAUAAAACAAAGUGCUGUUGAGGUUUUAUUAUUUCAGAUAGUCAAUGAAACCAUUCCUACCUGCCUGCUUUGUUGGAAGAAUGAACUAAGUAUCUUUAAUUGCUAGCUUGAGAAGCUGUAUAUCCUCAGAACUAAACGUAUCUCAGCAGAUACUGGUAAAUGUCAGGGUAGCCCCAUGGUUGAACUUCAGGCUCAAGCUGUGCACAUUGUGGUUGCAUCAGUGCUGGAAUUUGUCCGGGAUUGAGCAGGGCUAUGUCUAAGCUUUCACUUUGGCUGGGUUGAGUUUCCUGAUGGCAAACAAAAUCUUAGAUCUUCAGUUUGCAUUGAGUUAGUGUAAAACAUUGCAGGUCGCAGCCUACUUUGGAGUUUGAGUUGAAGAAACCAGGUCAAGUGGAAGCCAGUGUAUUCAAAUCCUGGGAAGCUACCCUUUGUGAAUUCCUUCUUCUGAUUUUCUUAAGACGUCUUCAGGGUCAUUCAAUUACUCCGAUGUCAUCAUCUCUGUUGCUUUUCUGUCUGAGAAAGGAUGUGUGAAUGAGCUGACAAUGUCGUUUUCCCAAUGGAUUGACUCAGUUGAAAUCCAGCCUGGCUUUGGUUUGGAAAUGAAGCUGAUUUCCAGGUAACUAGGCCAACAUUGUACCUGAACCAUGUGGAAAUCUCUAAAGAAACUAUGUAGAGUAUUCCACUCCAAAGGCUCAGGUCUGCAGCAGCACAACAUCCAGUCUGGAAUGAGUCAGACUAUGGACCCCAAUCCAGUGCAACAUAGUUUAACAAUGUGGUGGUCUGCAACAGUUGUUAACUUUCAGAACAUCUGUGUAGAAAACUCUAUCUACAAUUUUUUUAAAUGUUAUUUAUUUCUUUAUAAUUUUGUUAAACCUGGUUCUUUUCCCUGUGAACAUGUGUGUAGAGAGUAAGGAUUUCUCUCAGUCUAGCACAUGCAAGCAGGUAGUCUGCGCUGCCUUGGUCACUCCCACGUCACUGAAUACAGUUUGCAAGUGAACUUGUUUGGGAAUUUUUUUUAAAUAUAUAAAUACCACCAGUAUCCCUCAGUUUUCCACCUGCCCACUCCCCCGCCAAAUUAAGAAUAACUUGCGCAGCAAAUGCAUCAUUUUUCAUUAAAACCUUGUCAAAAUUUAUCAAUCCUGCCCAUUCCAGCGUGGCAUGAAGCUAGCAGGAAAGCCACUUGGAUGGAAUUUGUGACCUCCUGGAGUUUUUCCAUUGUCUUCCUGUACCCCUUCUGCCUACAUCAAGCUUCCUGUAAUAUGAACAUGCCAGCUUCCAGUCCUCAUACCCAUUUGGUUGGAGUGCAUGUUGAGGCUCAGUGGCCUGACGUGUGAACGGGAUGGUCAGACCAGGGGGGAAUUGAGGGUAAACAGAGCAAAAGGAAGGAGUGAUUCUGUACACCUGUGUUUAUGAGAGUCAUGAAUUCCUGAACUAAUUAUGCACUUUUUUAUUUAAUGUAAAGUUUUGGCACAAUUUUCUUAAAACCAUGAACUGGAACUCUGUAGGAACUGCAUUGUAAACAGUUAGCAUUUAGCUUUGUUAUUUACUUCACAUCUCCAACCAAAUAUUUAGAUCUUAGUUCUACUUGUAACAUUCCAUUGGACAGAAAGAUUGUGUAUUUUUUUUAAAAGAGGUCCUGCGUGGUUAACCAUAUGUAUUCACCGUUCUCCUUGAGGUGGCAGUUAAGUGAAUUACUGAAUUGUUGAGUGUUUCUGCUGAAAAGCAUCUGGGCCUCAAUAGUGAGGUAUUGUCAACAAUCUUGUCUAAGUCACUGCUUGGCUCACCAGCCGUGUGUGCGCGCACAUCCUGUGUGUUGGUUACGGGACAGAAUAGAAUCAAGGGAUUUGAACAAACAUGGGAGCUUUAACUGCAGAAUGUUAAUCUAGACACCAUCUUUAGAGAUUUGUAAAUUCAUUGCUCACCCCACUUCCUCCCCCCCCCCACACACACACUUUUUCCAGUUUUUAGUAUUUGCCUUAUCCACUGCCAUACUUUCAUCGUGGAUUCAGAAUACAAACCCUAACCAGAGAGGAUCGAUGGUGAUUUGCUGCAAGAUGUAUUGAUAAUGGACCAGAAAAUUUGGGUUUGUGGAGCUCCUUAAUAAGCUGUGGCCAUUAGGCAGGUGGAAAAGUUUUGCAUAGAAUGUGCUGGCAAUGCCUGUUUUUCAUAGAUAUUUUUGAAACUAAACAAUCAAGCAGAUUAUCAGUGGGCAAUACUGGAAAUAGCUUAAGCAGUACUCUAGUCAUCCAAUGAGGCUCUCUGGGGAGACAUGAAGUGGAUGAUCCACAAAUAAGCCUGGACUGAAAGUUGAUUUGGCCCUGUAUCAAAUAAGGGUCCAAGUUUAAAAAUGUAACAUUGCAUAUGGUACCGCAACUUGAGAUUUGAGCUCCAGAUUUAGGUGGGUUCUGGUGUAUGUGUCUACAGCUGUGGGACUUGGGAUCUGUAUUACUCGAAGGAAUAACAUGACAAAAAUCUGGAAAUUUAAUAAACAAUUUACACAAAUGUGGUUUGUCCUGGCUUGCACUCUG